AGCGGCAGCCCGCCAUGUCGGACAAGAUGGCGGCGGCCGCGGCUUCUCCUCAGCCGCAGCCCGGGCCCGGCCCGCCGGCGGCGGAGGAGGAGGGCGGCGGCCCGCGGGGCGGCGGGGCGGACGGGGAGGCGGAAGCGGAGGAAUUCGGGUGCCCGGCGCACUGCUCCGACUUGGCCUGGCGGCAGAACGAGCAGCGCCGCCACGGCCUCUACUGCGACAUCACUUUGGCGUUCGGCGGGGGGCGGCCCGGGGCGGCCCGCGAGUACCGCGCGCACCGCUCCGUGCUGGCGGCCGCCACGGAGUACUUCACGCCGCUGCUCUCGGGCGGCUUCGCCGAGUCGCGUUCGGGCCGCGUGGAGCUGCAGAAGUGGAGCUCGGAGGGCGGCCCCGACCCCGACACGGUGGAGGCCGUCAUCGGCUUCAUGUACACCGGCGCCAUCCGCGUCAGCCCCGGCAACGUGCACGAGGUGCUGGAGAUGGCCGACAGGUUCCUGCUGACCCGGCUGAAGGAGUUCUGCGGAGAGUUCCUCAAGAAGAAGCUGAACCUCUCCAACUGCGUGGCGGUGCAUAGCCUGGCCCACAUGUACUCGCUGAGCCAGCUGGCGCUGCGGGCGCAGGACAUGAUCCGCAGGAACUUCCACAGGGUCAUCCAGGACGAGGAGUUCUACACGCUGCCCUUCCACCUCAUCAGGGACUGGCUGUCCGACUCGGAGAUCACGGUGGACUCCGAAGAAAUCCUCUUUGAGACCGUCCUGAAGUGGGUUCAGAGGAAUCCCGAGGAAAGAGAGAGGUACUUUGAAGAGCUUUUCAAGCUGCUGAGGCUGUCCCAGAUGAAGCCCACGUACCUCACACGCCACGUCAAAUCCGAGAGGCUGGUCUCCAGCAACGAGGCCUGCGUCAGGCUGGUGUCGGACGCCGUGGAGAGCCACGCCUUGAGGUCUGAGAACUUGCAGUCCGGUAACCUGCAGCAUUCCACCUGUCCUGCUGCAUUGCUGCCGCGUUUCGGACAAAACAUGGACGUCAUUAUGGUGAUCGGUGGCGUGUCGGAGGGAGGCGAUUACUUAAGUGAGUGCGUGGGGUAUUUCAUCGAUGAAGAUAGGUGGGUAAACUUGCCGCACAUACAUAACCAUCUCGAUGGGCAUGCUGUUGCUGUGACAGAGUCUUAUGUUUAUGUGGCUGGCUCCAUGGAACCGGGAUUUGCCAAGACGGUAGAAAGGUAUAAUCCAAACAGAAAUAUCUGGGAGCAAGUCUCCAAUUUAAUAACCAGAAAACACUCAUUUGGCCUUACCGAAGUUAAAGGAAACUUGUACAUUAUUGGUGGACAUGGCAAUUUCAGUCCUGGCUUUAAAGAUGUAGCUGUUUAUAAUCCCGAGCAAGACAAAUGGCAUAGCCUGGAGUCAGCACCAAAGAUCCUUCGUGACGUCAAAGCUGUUUCUGUAGAAGACCGGUUUGUUUAUGUUGCUGCUCGUACCCCAGUUGACAGUGAUAGUGAAGAUGGGUUGAGGGCAGUUAUUAUCAGAUAUGAUACUGAAACAAGGCAGUGGCAGGAUGUAGAGUCUCUGCCACUCAUUGAUAAUUACUGCUCUUUUCAGAUGUCAGUUGCAAACACAAACUUUUACCAUACAGCAUCCUGCUGCCCCAAGAGUUACCCUAUAGAUAACGAGGAAGCCAAGGUAAAGAUCUCUGGCAGGGCCUCAGAUGAGAUACUUGAAAGUUUACCCCCAGAGGUCCUUAGCAUUGAAGGGGCAGCUAUUUGUUAUUAUAAAGACGAUGUUUUCAUCAUUGGGGGGUGGAAGAACAGUGAUGAUAUUGACAAGCAAUACAGGAAGGAAGCCUAUCGCUACUGUGCUGAGAGAAAGCGCUGGAUGCUUUUGCCUCCCAUGCCUCAGCCUCGCUGUAGGGCGACAGCCUGCCAUGUGAGAAUUCCCUUCAGGUGCUUGCAGGGCACGCAGAGAUAUCCUAUGCCACAAAACCUGAUGUGGCAGAAGGACAGAAUAAGACAAAUGCAGGAGAGGCAGAUGCAGGAAAUACACCGACACUCUCUAAGCUUACGAAGGAUGCCACGCUCACAGAUUGAGUGCUGAUUUCAUUUUGCUGGGCAUUUUAUGUCUCUAUAGGACAUCAGGAUGUUGAGCAGGUUUGAUACGUGGAAGUGGCAUCUUUCAUGUACUGAAAAUUACAAAGUUCAGAAAUUGAGGAUGAAUGGGAAUCGAGAAACUGUUUGAAUCCAACAAUACUACUUAACAGUGCCCAGGAAAAAACUGCUUUCCUGUACCAGACCGUGACACAGAUCUUUGUUUUCAAAGAUUUCUGUAGAGUUAGUCUCUUACAGUUCUAUUUUGAAAAUCAAAGAUCUCUCUCUAAUAAUUUAGUGGCUACAUUUGUGUGUGCUGAAAGCACCUGCUUUAUUUGCACUUAAUAUGUUGACAUUCCUUUGAUUCUCCUUCUCAGUGACUAAACUUCACGUGUAAUUAAUGUUGGUGUACUUGGCUUUCUCAAGUUGGAGGCGAGUGCAAUAGUUAUAACAUCACAUGGAAAUGAAAGCACAAUCUCUCUUUAUAGAGUUACUUCAGGAUGUUUCUAUGUCUUAAAUAUUUUGUAUCUGUAUGUUGUAGAGAGGCUGCGGAGUUCAUUUGAGAAUGGUUGAUGAGUAGAACAUCAGACACUUGAUAGAAGAGAGAACUUGAGGCAGUGACCUUUUUCAGGUAUAUCUGGAGAGGCUUUGAGUUUUUUUGAGAGCUUCAAAAGAGAGACAACCAGCAGAGCAGUCACGCACCAAAGUCAGCUGGUCCCUUCUGUCUGUGUGGAUUAGUAAGAAUGACAUUAUCCCACAGGAAUAGAUUGAAACUUGAGCUACCUGUCAGUCCUUUCUCAAAUGCUGUACGCAUUUAAUUGUAGUGAAGGAGUGUUUGGAAGAACCCCCACACGCCUGUUUCCAGCCUGUCUUUGACAAUCAGUACCUUUGGCCUUCAGUGUAUUUUCCCACGGGACUCACAGUGGCUGUGCUGCAGUGCUCCUAACAAAUCAGUGCUUGGUGUUCUCAAAGGGGCACUGUUAGCUCUCAGUUACUGAUGAGAUACAGACUUUGCAUCUGGAGACUGAACAGUCUCUAAAUAUUUUUAGAGACUAAUGUUUCAGUUGAUUAAAACUGCCAUGGGGUGGUUUUACAUCACUCAGCGCCCUGCUUGGCUCUGGUUUAUGUAAGUGCUGUACCCUCAAGAAACAGAAGGUCAAAUCACUCCUUUGGAGUAUCACUGCCUCUCAGUUAUGUGUCCUGCUGAGCACUCCUCCCUGAUCUGAAGAGCCCCAGGACAGCUGUCAUUGCUGUUGGUUCAGUGCAUCCUUCCUACCUCCUUUUCUUCUUCAUCCUUCCCUUUGACUAUUCCAGGUUUUCACAUGUGACCCAACUCAGGAUAUUAGGGAAGGGAAAGGGAGGGGUCAGCAGGGCGUUGCGAAGUUUGAGUUGACAAACAUUGGUGAAGGAGCUGUGUGCUGUCUUUGGUUCCUGGGAUAAUUCUCUGGUGCUUUUGACAUGGGCAACUUCUUUGAAAAAGGUCUUCUAAACAGCUUUUGUUUUUUGUUUUGUUGUGUUUCUUUUUGUUUGUUUUUUAUUGUUUAGCUUUCUGAACUGAUACUUCUCAUUUUCCAAUUCAGCAGGCAACCUAGAUCAUAUCUGAAACACUGGGUAAGGGUAAGUCUUUCAAUCGCAUAACGUGUAAAGGUUUCUGUGGUGUGUGAUAUCCUUAAUGGUCCACUUAGUUUACCUGCCACUUUGACAUCAAUAACUGCUCCUUUUGUAAUGGGAGAAUAACCCAGCCUUGUAAAAAUUAUCUUGAAAAUCUAACAGUUUGUUUCAAAUUACUUCUCAGUAGUAGCCCUCCUGUAUUUGAUUUGCCUGUUAGAUUGCUGUGCAAUGGCAGAUUAAAUUGUACAGUGCUGGUUUAAUGCAAGAGAGGAAAUUAAACUAAGUUAAUAUAAAUAAUAAGUUAAACUUAGUCAGGUUUAAGGCUGAUGUUCAGUAAUGACCAUUACCAAAUCAGCUCAUGCAGGCCCUUAAGGAAGGGGUUUAUCCAUGGAGUUUGGCCCGUGAGCUCGUGCAGGUUUGGCUGGAAUAGGUUAAGAAUUACUGCCCCUGCAGGAGGGUUUGUGAGUAGACUGUGUGCAAAUGCCUCCCAGCUUUAAUGCUGGAAUUAUGAUUGAACUUAAAUUGGAGCUGAAGAUACUUUGCACAGAAGCAAUGAGAACAGUUUAUGUAUUCUCUCCCUGCUGACUUCACUGCAGGGAGAUGAUGAGUAAAGGAUGUGUCCUUGUCAGACCACCACAGCUCCAUCGAAGCCCUUAGGCACUCUGUCAACAAAUAUGGGACAAUUUAUGGGGGAAAAUACUGAAAUUGUGAUUCGGUUGGAAUAUCAACUAAACAGUGUGAUGCAACAUGCAGCUAAGUUAGAUGUGAGAACAAACUUCUUGCAGUCUUUUUCUAAGCAAAACUGAUACCUGUACUCACCAGGACUUCAGUCUGGCAUGCAGGCUAUCUCCUUUCCUAAAGACAUUCCACUCAAAGACAUCAGAACAGCUAAAUAUCUGGGCAGUUUAACCUGUGAAUGCCAGCCAUGGUUCUGUAUGUGAUGCACUACAUUUCUGUGUUCUGUUUGCAUGGGGAGUGAUGGCACUGCGGACAGCGCUGGUUUGCUCCAACUUAUGCAAGGCCAAUGCUGUGGAGUUUUUAAGUGGUUGGAUUUUUAUAGCCUUGACUUUAAGUGGACCUACUGCAUUACACAGUUUUAAACUGACAAGUCUCACUAUCUGUUGCCUCACCUGUAGGUGUUGAGAAGAAUUGAAUCUGGCUGUAAUUUAGCUAACUAACCUGUGAAUUGUGUAACAAAUGCAUUCUGGCCCCUGACUGCUGUAGCUUGCUGAGUAUUCACUUUAAAAAAAUCCUAUAAGCAACAGCUUGGGAAUCCUUUUGUGUGUGUAGUGGGUAGUCAAAUGUCAGUAAGAUCCUAGUGUGUGUUAAGCACUACAAGGCUGAUUUCUGUCCUUGCAAAGGAACAUCAGAUGGUAUUUUUCCUCCCUAAGACAAUCAUACCUGUAUAGCUGUACUGAACACGUGCCACAAAAUGCAUGUUUCACAUCCUGUCCGUCUGCUCGAGGUAUCAGUGAAGUAGGACACGUGCUGCCUAGCGCUGCGUGGUCCCUGCAGUCACGUCUAGGUAGGUGCCAUAUAUGCACAUCCUGUUUUAUAAGGACUUGAAUAUUCUGUUACUAUGCUAGUUUUGUAUAUAUUUUUAAUAACGUUUCCUCACACAUAGUAGGGUGUUACUCCAGAAAUAGAGAAAACAUGCCAAUUUUCCAGCAUGCUUUAUAAAAAAUUAUCCUAGGCUGAUCACUAUUAACAAAUUGGGUCACAAAGAGUAGCAACUUUUUAGGUUAUUUUUAACACAACAUUGUAAUCCUACGUUGUAACACUCCUUGGGCUUAAACAGUUGGAUGGCUUGGAUCUAUUUUCAGCUAUGCCCAAAUUGUUUUAGAAUCUAAAUGGUAUCUCUGAUUUGACAGUUGUAAGUGGAAGUCUGAUAAAACAGGUGCUUCUGAGGAUCUAAUCCUGUUACUAAUAUGAAUGAAAAGUGUGGGGCUAAUUAGAUGUUUGCAGACCAUUAAUAGUAAGAUACUCCUCAUAGGUCCAUGUCACUGUGGAUCACGGCAGCUGUACUCUCCUCAGUGUUAAUGUAGACUUCAAGAGAAUGCUUGGGCAAGCAGCACUCCUGUACUUAUCUUCCAGUAAGGUAAAGUAGUAUCUGUGUAGGCUGUUGGAAACACUCCCGCUGUAACGUUCUUCACGUAAGACACACUGUACCGGAGCUUGUUGUAAGUGAACUAACGAAAUAAACCAUUUAUUUCUCUAGCA